UUGGAGAAUUCGCUCAGUUUUCCAGCAACUUUUGAGAAGUGAUUUUCCGAGGUGCUGAUGGUUUCAACAAUAACAAGAAUCGGUUAGUCGACCGUGUUACAGUGACAGGAGGCAGACUUCAGAACAAAAUUUUGCUUUCACAUAACUGCUCGUUUGCCAUAAUGGAAACUAAAAUGAAGAGCGUGUUGAGCUUUAUGGUGCUGUGCUUGCUCUCUCAAGUGCAAGCAGCGCAAGAAGAAGCAAGAAGCAUUAAACCUGGCAGAUAUCCAAGGAUGGAACGAGCUUGCUACAGGAAAAUGCCCACUCCCGAGCUAAAUGAGUGCCUCCGCUCUAAUUUUCAAGGCCUCGUGCCCCGUAUGAGAUCUGGUAUCCCAGGUAUUUACACGGGUAGUGUUGACCCGCUUUAUUGGCCCAAAUUCGCCCACUACUUUGGUGGAGCUUUGAUUCAAGGAAGUUUGUCCGUCCACGAUCUGAGCGUCUGGGGUUUCUCCAAUACCAAAAUCCAAGCAGUCAGAGCAAACGUGAAGAACCCACAAAAGAUGUUGGUGGAGGUUGACUGGCUCGUUCCCAAGAUGGACUUUUUCGGACAUUUCAAAUUAAAUGCCAGAAUGGGCACGGACUUUCAUGGACAUGGGCCUUUCUGGUUAAAUUUAACCGAUGUAGGUGGAACUUGGACCGUGACCGGGGCCAGAGAGAAGGGAGAACCUACAAUGGAGAUAGUGAGUUUCCGGGGCGCUCCAAAAAUAGGAGGUUUCAAGCUACGGGCCAAAGGUGCCGCUUUUGGCAACGACGCAUUGAAUGACCUUGUCAUUGCGACAAUCAACGGAGGAUGGAGGCUUUUCCACCAAAUUGCCAACCCAGCAGUUGACAGAGAAUGGGGUGGAUGGUGCCGAGAUAAACUCAACCGUGUUUUCCUCACAAAUCCGUACGAUGAGCUUUUCCCGGAGAAGCCAAUUCGCUAGACUACGUAUUUCUCCUACUUUUUCUUGUGUUUUCAGCUGCAUUAAAUGCGCUGAAUAUCCCGAAUAUUCAUAUAGAGAUAAAAAAAUUAAAUCGGCAACUCUUGUCAUAGUAUUUUAUAUUGGUCGAUUGAAGCCCAAGCAGAAGCAAAAAAAAAAGAAAAAAGAAAAGGAUAAAAAAAAAAACCUUUCAAACGCUAAGUUUCCGCGUCCACGCACAGUUGACGAAGGUAUCGUCGGCCGAUAAGAUCACACAGUGAUGACGUCAUCCACCAAAGUUUUGCAUUCUGUGGUUUCUUCAACCUUGGUCUCAUUAGUUCGUCGGCAGGCUGUCAAAAGGGCGUAACUGAACAUCGAGAUGAGCCGGGAAAAGCAUUGAAUCUUAUGGCUAACAGGGCUCAUUGGAGAAUGCAGCUGUUCAUAUUUCGAGGAACCAAAUCCCUGCAACUAGCAGUAGAGUGAUCUCGUUGCUCACCGCCUUAUAGUGCCAUCAAUAUGCUGAUUCUAACUGUCGUGAGGCCAUCUACUUUAUUAUAUUCGCUUUACAAUAAGUUAUAAUUGAAUUUCCUCUCUUGUUGUAGCUUUUUGAUCCACCUAUCUAUCAGCUUUAAAUAAUCGUAUCAUUAUAUUAUUCAGUAUAACAUAUUAUUUCAAUGAAUUAAUAAUCAUGUUAUUAUCAAUUUUAUACUCAAAAUACUCUCAUGCUGCUCAAAGAUGUUGUGAUAAUAUUUUUUUUUUUUUUU